AUGCCGUCCGCGCAGCCCGCUAACGUCCGCUUCGCCCAGCUGUCCUCUGCGGCUCGCAGCCUGUGGCCCACCAUGAGCUCGCAGCCACCACCCUCCACCCUGAAGCACCGCGGUCGCGACAAGAAGCGCCCGGCCACCCCGACCGCCGACAGCCCAACAGACAACAAGGUCAAUGGCGCCUUCCAGCGCGCCCAAUCCGAGGCCCAGGCCAAGAUUGGUGCCGAGUGGGACUACAAGAUCGCCUUUGCCGUCGUCACCCUGCUGGGCUUCUGGACGCGCUUCUGGGGCAUCACCCACCCCGACCAGGUCGUCUUCGACGAGGUCCACUUUGGCAAGUUUGCCUCGUACUACCUCCAGCGCACCUACUUCUUCGACGUCCAUCCUCCCUUCGGAAAACUGCUCUUCGCCUUCGCCGGCUGGCUCGUCGGAUACGAUGGCUCGUUCCUCUUCGAGAACAUUGGCGACUCGUACGUCACGAACAAGGUUCCCUACGUGGCCUACAGAGCUCUGCCCGCCACCCUGGGCGCCCUCACCGUUCCCACCGUCUUCCUGAUCAUGUGGGAAUCUGGCUACAGCCUUCCGGCUUGCUUGACCGCCACCGCCCUUGUUCUCUUCGACAACGCCCACGUUGGCCAGACCAGGCUCAUUCUCCUGGACGCGACCCUGAUCUUUUUCAUGGCUCUCAGCGUCCUUUGCUACAUCAAGUUUUACAAGAACCGCCACGCUGCCUUCUCCCGCAAGUGGUGGAAGUGGUUGAUUCUGACGGGCGUCUGCCUGAGCUGCGUUAUUUCCACCAAAUACGUCGGUCUUUUCACCUUCUUUUCCAUUGGAGUUCCUGUUGCCUUUGAUCUCUGGGAUCUGCUGGACGUCAACCGGAGGCAGGGCUCUCUCUCUCUCCCCGACUUUGGCAAGCACUUCGCCGCUCGCCUGACCGCCCUCAUUAUCAUCCCCUUCUUUUUGUACCUCUUCUGGUUCCAGGUCCACUUCUCUAUCCUCAACCGCUCCGGCCCUGGCGAUGAUUUCAUGAGCCCUGACUUCCAGGAGACGCUCAGCGACAACGUCAUGACCAUGCAGUCCCUCAGCAUUGACUACUUUGAUUCCAUCACCAUGCGCCACAAGGAGACCAAGGUCUACCUGCACAGUCACGUGGACCGCUACCCUCUCAGGUAUGACGAUGGUCGUAUUUCCAGCCAGGGCCAGCAGGUUACCGGCUAUCCCCACAACGACACGAACAACCAUUGGCAGAUUCUUCCCGCCACUGCUCCUGUCGACCAGCCGCGCCGCGUUAAGAAUGGUGAUCUGGUCAGGUUCCGCCACUUGGUGACCAACACCAUGCUCCUGACGCACGAUGUUGCCUCGCCGUACUACCCGACCAACCAGGAAUUCACCGCUGUUGACAUGGAGGCUGCCAAUGGCGACCGCUUCAACGACACCGUCUUCGAAAUCAAGAUCGAGAACGGCAAGCCUGGCCAGGACUUCAAGAGCAUGGGUUCGCACUUCAAGCUCAUCCACUGGCCCACCAAGGUUGCUAUGUGGACCCACACCACACCUCUGCCGGACUGGGCCUACAAGCAGGCUGAGAUCAACGGUAACAAGAACAUUCAGCAAUCUAGCAACGUCUGGUAUGUGGAUGAGAUUCCGUCUCUCCCUGUCGACAGCGAACGCCGCGUUCAGGAGCCACGGAAGGUGAAGCAACUGCCUUUCUUGAAGAAGUACUUCGAGUUACAGCGGGCUAUGUUCUUCCACAACAACGCUUUGACCAGCAGCCACCCGUACUCCAGUUUCCCCAUCUCCUGGCCUUUCUUGCUUCGUGGUGUCAGCUUCUGGACGGAGAACGACACGAGGCAGCAGAUCUAUUUCCUCGGCAACCCGCUUGGUUGGUGGCUGGCUAGCAGCCUGCUUGCCGUCUUCGCUGGCAUCAUCGGAGCCGACCAGCUAGCUCUCCGCAGAGGCGUCGACGCCCUUGAUUUACGCACGCGCUCCCGCCUCUACAACUCGACUGGUUUCUUCUUCUUGACGUGGGCGGCGCAUUACGUGCCCUUCUUCAUCAUGGGUCGUCAGCUCUUCCUUCAUCACUACUUGCCUGCACACCUGGCAUCAGCGCUUGUGACGGGAGCUCUUGUUGAGUUCAUCUUCAACAUCGAGCCCCCGACGGCCGAGGAGCUGGAAGCAAAGAAGAAGAAGGGUACGGCGCGCAGCUCUCGCCCCGUCCGCGAGAGGCUGGCAGGCCAGAACAUGUACGGCACGUGGGCAGCGACUGGCGUCAUUGUGGCAGUUCUCCUCUGGAGCUUCUUCUUCUUCGCCCCGCUCACCUACGGCAAGCCUGGCCUUGACGUGCCUCAGGUCCUUGCCAGGAAGUGGCUCAACUAUGACCUGCACUUUGCCAAAUAA